CAACGUUGUCGCAAUGGACAAGCGCAAGUCCGGCGCGGCGUCGAUGGCGCCGCGCAAAAAGAAAGUAAAGAUCAGCAACGUAGCUGGGCGCAUUCCCAUCUCAGCAUUCUUCAAGAGGAUAGUUCGCCCGACGCCAGAAGCUGAAGAUGCUGUUCCUGCUGGAGGCAACCACGUUGAGGAGAUCGACGGUGAAGAGCCGAUGGACGUUACAGAAUCAAAAAGCUCAUGCUCUGUGCGCAUGGUUCAAGGAACAAUCAACUUUGAUCAUGCAAAUGAAACGAAGUUGAAGGUUUUGAGAAGAGUCACAGGAUUCCACAUGCUGCGGUCGCGAGAGCUGCGAGGUGGGUUGCCACAACGCCAGCAACAGCAAGUCCUUCGAGAUAUAUUGAAGUCAUUUGCAGCACUUGGUGUCGCGCCACAGCCGGUCCUUCAGCCAAACCAAUGGAUCAGUUGUAUGGAAUUCGACACGGAUGGCGUGAUCUUGGCGACGGGGUCAUCGAACGGCAUGAUAGCUCUGUACGACUUUGACGAGUAUUUCCACCGACUCCUCGUGCUCCGCAACCUGCAGGCGAAGCCCCUUCGUCAAGCUACAAAUGAUGCUGCAACCCACGGGACGUUCAAGACGGUUCGUCCCAUUCAUAUACUCAACACAGCUCUGGAAAUCAAACGCAUUCGGUGGAACCCCAUGGACCAGGACAUUCUCGCGUGCUCGUUCACGGCCCGGAACGAGAUUCACCUGUACAACCUGAAAAAGUUUCCCACGCAACCAUUUCGCGUUUUGAAAGCGCCGACGCGGCCGUCGUCGGGGUAUUAUGACUUUUUGUUUACCAAGUCUCGCACCUCCAACGCCCCGUGCAUCGUUGGAGCCGACGUCGACGGGUCGAUUCGCAUGUGGGACACACACGUCCCGUCCAAGCCAGUCUGGGUCGUCGUGAACUCGCGCGAUGUCGGCUCCAUCACGUCCAUGUGCCUGUGUGCAGGUCAACAGUACCUCAUCUGUGGCACCGACCGCGGUUGGCUCUUGAUAUUCGAUACUUGGAACAUCGUCGUCCCUGCGUUUGGCCAGCGCCCUGUUCCGAAACGUGUGGCUCAGUACGACCUCUUGGUCCACUUGCGCGCAGCGGCACCGACCGCUGCAAACAACGCGACGGCGGCGUUGGGUGGGGGAGUGGUGUCUGUGCAGCUCGUCCCCAACACCGCCGCCACGAUUGCUUGCCAAUUGCUCAACGACUGGAUUGUUGUCGUGGAUGCCCUGCGCCGUCAUGUGCUCCAGCUCCACACUGUCCUUCGCGGCGCGGUUGCCGCUCGACAUGCCGGUCCUUCAUCGUCCGACCCCACUACAUUCUCCUUCGGCGAGCACGACACCUGGCCGUCGUCGAACGGACCGAGCACACGAAUAGAAGCGUCAACGUGGAAGCUUCACCGGUGCAUGGGGUCGUUCAUGUUUGGCGGGGCCAUGUUUACGACAGGAUUUGCCAGCGACAAUGGCCUGUACACGAUAGGUACGUGACAGGGACUACACGGCGUCCCCCGUCAUGCUGCGAGGGCCCUAGACAUGCAGUCGCAACCAACGGCGACUGAAACCCCGUCCAAGAUGGACCCUCCAUCGACUGUUCAAUUUCUCCGACGCCUGCGGAUCCCCAUGGAGCAUUUCGUGACAGCUGUCGCGGCGCAUCCCGUGUCCCACGUGAUUGUGUGUGGCAUGCAUUCGAAUGCGAUAGCUGUCGUCGGGCCCGAGCCUGUCGAUGCAUCGUCAUGACAGUCCGACUGCCAUCGAUCGGCCAAAGGUACAUACCAACGUCACCCUCGUGCUCGACGCACAUGACGUUUGCCAUGCCGCAAGAGCUGUGUCGUAAACGAUAACAAGUCCAACUCGUUGCAUGA